AUCCUAUUGCGAAGAAACCAGAAUGGAUGAAGAUGCUUAUCCCUAUUAUCGUCGACGAAAUAACGGUAGCAGUUUUGAACGCCCUGGUGGAUAUGUAGUUGAUAAUCGUUAUUUAGUUCCAUAUUGCCCUAUUUUAUCAAUUAUAUUUAAUUGUCAUAUUAAUGUUGAAGUUGUUUCAAGUAUCAAAUCGGUUAAAUAUCUGUAUAAAUAUAUUUAUAAAGGACAUGAUGCUGCUGCUAUUACAAUUGAACCAGUAACAGAAAAUAUAAUUAUAGAUCAUGAUGAAAUACGUGAUUUUAUAGAAGCUCGUUAUGUUGGACCUGUAGAAGCAAGCUGGCGUAUUCUUGAAAAAAAAUUACAAGAUAAAAGUCAUACUAUAAUGCGUUUACCUGUCCAUCUUCCUAAUGAACAAAAUAUUAUAAUUGAAAAUGGAUCCGAUGAAGAUACAAUAACUUCUGCUUUAGAUCAGGUUACUAUGUUAAUAGAUUAUUUUGCAUUGAAUUCUCGUGAUGAAGAAGCAAAACAGUAUUUGUAUAUAGAAAUUCCAUGCCAUUAUACUUUUAAAAAAGAAAAAAUUAACGGUAGAAAUGUAUCGCGUUGGAGCAAACGCAAGAGUCAUUAUAAUUGUGUAGGACGAAUGUAUUCCGUUAGUCCAACACAAACUGAAUUAUAUCAUUUACGACUAUUAUUACUCACUGUAAAGGGAGCUACGAGUUUUGAGAAUUUAAGAACUGUACAUGGAGAAAUUUGUCAAUCGUUUUCAGCAGCAUGUUUGGCUUUAGGUUUGAUUGAAAAUGAUGAUGAAUGGAAACGAGCUAUAAAUGAAGCUGUUGGAUGGAUGAUGCCAAGACAACUUCGUAGAUUAUUUGUACGUAUAUUAUUACACUGUCAACCGUUGCAUCCCAAAGAACUCUGGGAAAGUUUUAAAGUAGCAAUGUCUGAAGAUUAUAUUCGACAUUUUGGAAUGAUACAAGGACAAAAGAAAGCAUAUGCGCAAAUCAAUGCCAUGCUGUGUGCUGAAGGCAAAAGUCUUGCUGAUUUUCCACAAAUGGAACAAUUGCAAGAAAAUAACGAAGAUGAUUUUAUGACACUUGAACAAGUUAUGGAAAUUGGUACCAGACAAUAUAAUCAAUUAAAUAAAAAGCAAAAAGAAAUAAUAGAUUUAAUAUUAAACAGAUUAGACAAUAAUAGUCAGAACAAUAAUUGUUUUUAUAUUGAUGGUCCAGGUGGUUCAGGUAAAACGUUUAUAUACACAACUAUUUAUUAUUUAGCCAAAAUUCGAAAUAAACAUGUAUGUACGAUGGCUUUUACGGGCAUUGCAGCGACGUUACUGCCUGCGGGAAAAACGGUUCAUAAGACUUUUGGAUUGCCAGUUCCAUUAUUUGCUGAUUCAUCAUCCAGCAUUAAAAUACAAUCAAAAGAAGCUCAAUAUUUAAAAGAAACAGAUAUUUAUAUUUGGGAUGAAGCGCCAAUGGCACCCCGAUAUGCUUUAGAGAUUAUGGAUCGAACGUUGCGUGACAUUAUGAAUAACGACUUACCUUUUGGAGGAAAAAUUAUCGUACUAGGUGGUGAUUUUAGGCAACUUAUUCCUAUUAAGAUACAUGGUACUCGAUGUGAAAUCGUGAAUCUUUCUAUAAAGUUUAGUUAUACUUGGAAAAAUUUUGUAAGUUUUUCUUUAACGGAAAACAUGCGAGUUCUUCCAAAGGAAACUGAUUUUGCAAAAUUUUUAUUAAAUAUGGGAGAUGGCUUAUUAAAUGAUUCAAAUGAUAAUAUACAACUUCCAGAUUGUUGUAUUGCGUCCAUUAAUGCUGAUAUUGUAAAGGAUAUAUAUGGUGAUCUAAUACAAAAUAAAGAAUUUAAUAAAAUGGCUAAAUGUGCGAUACUUUCUGCAAGAAAUGCUGAUGUAGAUGAAAUUAAUAAACGAGUUGUCGAAUUAUUAGAUAUAUCUGAAGAACGAAUUUAUACAAGUAUAGAUAAUACUAAAAAUUGCGAUGAUAACGGUGACAUUGGAAAAGAUUUAUUACCAGAAUAUUUAAAUACUUUGUCUCCGUCAUCUCUUCCUCCUUACAAAUUGCGUUUAAGACCAAAUUGUGUCAUUAUGUUGAUUAGAAAUCUUAGUAUCAAUGAAGGUCUUUGCAACAGCACUAGAUUAAUGAUUAUAGAACUUGCAGAUCAUUUAUUAAAAUGCAAAAUCUUAACAGGUGAUAAAGUAGGAGAUAUCGUUUUCUUAAAUCGUAUAACGUUGUAUUGCGAAAAUGUAUAUCCUUUCACUUUUAAAAGAAGACAGUUUCCGAUAAAAUUAGCUUUUGCUAUGACGAUUAAUAAGUCACAGGGUCAGACAUUUGAUAGAGUAGGAAUAGAUCUUCGCAAAGAUGUUUUUAAUCAUGGGCAACUUUAUGUUGCUUUUUCACGAGUUAGAUCUUGGGAAGCAUUAAAAGUUUAUCUUGGUAGUCAGAGAAAUAAUAAACAAGUUAAAAACUAUGUAUAUAAAGAAAUAUAUGUGUAAUUUCUCUUUCUUUAAAUUUUUACACAUUAAGUAUUAUAGUCUUUAAUAUAAUUAUAUGUGCGUAUAUCAUUAAAAACGUAGUGUAAGAGAAUAAAAGGCGCGCGCGAAGCGCGCGCUUUGUAUUGUUCUAGUAAUUAAAAAAAAGUACAUAUAAUUUGGAUGAUUUUUCGCAAAGUUGCAUCACUUUGAAGAUUGCUUAAAAAUUCGGUCAAAAUGUUUGUCUCUUUUUUUUUGCGCCAGUGUAGUAUGUGAUAGUUCAUGGUGUUCUGAUCAAAAGUUCCAAUGGACGCGAGGUCCUAAAAUCAAUCACUUCCGAGAUACCGGUGGUCAAAAGUCGAUUAUGAAGCCUCAUAAUAUUUAAGUAACCUCAGGUAUUUAUACGAGCACAGUAUAGCAUGGUGAAGAUAAGAUCGGGAGCUGAUCCAGCUAUCGAAGGUAAGAUCGAGAGAGCAUCCAGUGAUUGAAGGCAUAUCUGAGGUUACUUAAAUUAUAAGGCUCAGAAGUGGUUGAUUUUAGGACCUCGUGUCCAUUGGAACUUUUGAUCAGGACAUCAUGAAUGAUCACAUACCAUAUUUACAGUCAAUUCGACCAAAAAUACUUUCCCGAAAACUGCGGAGUCCUUUCAAUCUUUUAAUUAAAUAGAAAAAAUUACUUAUAAACUGUGCAAAUAUUGAUUUUUGUUCAAACAACAUUCUUUCUUACAAAAAAAUUAAUUUUAAAAAGCAAG